AUGGAUCUUGACGUCCUCUGCACAAUUUGCGGCUCUUCCGACGCUCGCCGAUGCGCCUGCUGCCAUUCCGCCGCCUACUGCUCUCUUGAAUGUCAGCAAACUGACUGGCGCACCCAUCGCCUUCUCUGCCGCAAGUUUUCGGAGCAUGCCCAAGGCAACUUCACCAAUCGGCCUUCUCCAACCCAUCACCUUGCCGUUUUCUUCCCCAUGGACAAGACGCGGCCUUCCCUUGUCUGGGUAGAUACCAAGAAGGACAAGUACGAGGCCAAGCCCUACUUCCACCCAGUCCUGGACCAACUCCUGCAUAUUCCCGGAAACGAUAAUUACAUCGGCCGUGGCCUACGGCAGGUAAGAGGCAACAUCCUUCGUGGAAGGCCUAGUAAUCAGGAUACCAUCCACCUAUGGUUCCUAGACCCGGACGUGCCACCCCGCAACAUCAAAACCAAUCAGGCAAUCCACGGUACAAUCCCAACCCUAAUUGGUGAUACGUGGGGCGAGUUCAUCUGGAAGGGCCCAGUCGUUGCGGUCAUGAGGAAGGGGGCCGACUUUGAACCACGCCACUCCACCGACAUCACCCUCACUGCCUACCGUGAUGCCAUCGACUACCUGGGCUAUUACAUGGACACGAUCGGAAGCAUGAUCGAACCUGGUGGUCAAGACGACCAUUUCUCCAAGCGCGUGCUAGCCCAAAGAACCUCAAAAGUUAUUGGUGUCCGCAUCAACUGCCUCCGCGACCAGAUCGACCGACAGGAGCCACAGAUGGUGGAAGUGGCUGUGCCCAAGACGCACCCCCUGUUCAACCUAGAGGGCGAUGACCCGUGUGAUAUUCCCUCGCUCUUCGGCCUGGACCUCGUUGCAAAGUCGUAUAGCAGCAAUCAAUCCAGCGACGGCGGGAAUGACAACGACGACGAUGACGAUGGCCUACAGAAUCCCUUAGCCCAGCUCUUAUUGAUUUCAACUUCUAUCAAGGACGGGAAAUGGGUUUAUUUACCUGAUUACCGGCGCCAUUUGUGCCGUGGUAGUGUCCUUUUCGUCUGCCGUUCGAAACGGGAUAUAAAGAUGGAAGAUAUUCACACGUUUUGUAACCUCAUUGAGAAAAUUGGUGUGCCCUUUGUCUUGAAAGAGAAUCCAUCCGAUUCUGGUGCAAGAAAGAGGCUGCUGAACCAGCUUGAAGAGGAAGGAGUCCGUCGUAGACUGAGUUACGUACCCUAUACCUAA